GUUUAUUUACAUAGAAAAAUAGUUUAACGAUGCGUUCCUUUUCUUGGAGUCGUAUUUUUAAACGGAAUAAUAAAGUGUUCCCAGCAGAAAAUUAUGAGGAGACUGUCAGCACUACAGAAAAGCUGCCAGUAGCGGAAAAACCACCUCCAAAGACCUCAGGCAAAUGCUGGCUGAUAAGGAAGCUUAUCAAAUAUCUUACUCGGAAGAAGAAAAUGCCAGAACGAGAGGAGAAGGAAUCAUCCGCCAGCAGUACAGAAAGUGUCAAUCCUGCAUCUAUGGUGGAAGAAGAAUAUACAGCCCACAAUAACGAGGCUGAAACAUUCACAACCAACCUCUCCUCAACCUGUAGUGUCAAUUCUGUGUCUACUAUGGUGGAGGAAGAAGAUAAAGCCCACAAUGAAGAGGAUGAAACAUCUACACCCAGCCUCUUCCCAACCUUUAGUGGCAAUCCUUUAUUUCCGGUGAAGGAAGAAAAUGAAGCCCUUUAUGAAGAGGAUAAAACAUCCACACCCAGCCUCUUCCCAACCUGUAGUGACAAUCCUGUGUCUAUGGUGGAGGAAGAGGAUAAAGCCCACAAUGAAGAGGAUGAAACAUCUACACCCAGCCUCUUCCCAACCUUUAGUGGCAAUCCUUUAUUUCCGGUGAAGGAAGAAAAUGAAGCCCUUUAUGAAGAGGAUAAAACAUCCACACCCAGCCUCUUCCCAACCUGUAGUGACAAUCCUGUGUCUAUGGUGGAGGAAGAGGAUAAAGCCCACAAUGAAGAGGCUGAAACAUCCACACCCAGCCUCUCCUCAACCAGAAUCCAGCAGCUAAUAAACAGAGGAUUGCAAAACUUUGGAAAUAGCUGCUAUGUGAAUGCCAGCCUUCAGUGUCUGUUCAGUGCAGAGCUGUUCUGCACGCAGCUCCAGUGCAGAAUAAAUCAGGGGAUGCACAGUCCAUUUGACAGUCUGGCCGGGAGUUUUGCUAAGCUGUGGGAGAUAAGAGAGAGCGACUACUGGUAUCUCAAGUACGCUCUCUUGGGGAAUCUUAUUCAGGAAGCUGCUGUCAGCAAUCCUGAAUUCACACCAUACAACCAAAAUGAUGCCCACCAGUUCAUGUUUUACUGUCUGGAGCAAAUGCAGCAAACGUUAAGCUGUGCAGGGGGCGUAGCAUCUGAAUGCCCCAUUAAAGCAAAUUUUGGCUUUCAGCUCACGUGCAUAAUUACAUGCAAAGGGUGUGGAGCUGAAAAGAGGAGAAUUGAGGAAUAUAAUCAGCUCUCUCUGGCUGUUGUAGCAGAUGGGUCAGUUGAAGACUGCCUUCAGUUCUUUUUUAGGGAUGAGGAACAACUCGAAUGCAGAUGUGAGGUCUGUUCAUGCAGUUCUGCCAGCUGCAGGUGGGCAUUUCACACCCUGCCCAGGUAUCUGGUUCUGCAGCUGAAAAGAUUUGAGCUUUCGGCAGAUUUAAGCCUCACGAAACACCUCGACAGCGUCCAGAUCAACCCAAAAUUACACCUGAGGCAGUCAGAACAGAGUGAACAUCCCGAAGACGACGAUGCACUCAUGGAUGCAGUUUUUACACCAGAGGGAUGAAUUUGCCACCUAUUCCCUGAUCAGCGUGCUGAAUCACUUCGGCUCUAGGAUACACUCAGGACAUUAUACAUGCGACAGCUUCAGCCACACCGACAAUCUCUGGCUGUCGUAUGAUGAUGACGAAGUCACAGGAAUGAAGGAGAGCGACGUUCUUUACGAUGGGCAAACAAGUGCUUAUGUUUUAAUGUAUGAACUGAUGUGAGCACUUGGUUUUACAGAGAUUCAGCAGCUUUCCUGCAUUGAAGACCAGAGAAGAAUUCAUGUCUGUUACGUCCCAAACACCAGAAAGCCCAAGAUCCAAACAUAACCACAGAAAAGGGCUCUUCUAUUGAAAAAUGGCAUUUAGGAUGAACACCUAGUCUCUGUUUAGACCCCCAAACUAGCCAGAGGAGGACUGGCUCCCCUUAGUGAUCCUUGGUUCCUUUCAAGGUUUCUUCCUUUAUUGACCCAGAGGAAGUUUUUCCUUGCCACUGUCGCCCUAGGCUUGGUCACUAGGGGCUUGUGUUUUUGGGAUCAUAAAUCACGUUUGGUCUGAUCAUGUCAAUCAAAUAAUCUAAGAGACUAAGGUGAAGCAAAUUGACCAAAGGGGCUAAGUUACGCCAAGUUCAUAUAGGCAAGUCUGUGUACUCGGCUGCCAUCUCUGAAAUGCCCCAGACAGUUAUUCCUAGUCAUACCAGUCAGGACAAAGCACUGACCUAUAUGAAAGGGGGGAAUCAUCAUCAUUAACUUUUUCACUUGUCCAUUUCUGUGGCGGCAACAGGACAAGGAAAGCCGCCCAGGCAUCUCUGUUCGCUGCAACUUCAAGCAACUCCUUCGGUGGGAUUUGUCAGAAGAUAUAAUCCCUUCAGCAGGUUCUGUGCCUGCCCCAAAGCCUCUUCCAUGUCAGGAGGCACCCAUUAGGUAUCCUGAUCAGAUGCUCGAAUCUGCACAAAGGAGCAGUGGCUCUACUCCGAGCUCCUCACAGAUCUGUGAGCUCCCCAACAGAUCACAGGGAGUAUGCCCAGCAACCUGCUGGAGAAAGCUCAUUUCAGCCGCUUGCAUUCACAAUCUUGUUCUUUUAGUCAUUAUCCAAAUCUCAUGACUAAGGCCCUACUUAAGUUAUAGCCAUGAAAAUCAUGUCACAGCCUUUUCCCACAUGAUAUGCAAUUUGCCAUGAAAUUCAAAACUUAGGAUUUGUGUUCAGCAAUUUAACUAACUUUUUUUAUUCACGUAGCAUUGAAGUGCCUCACGUUUACUGAUUAAUUCGCACUAUGAGGCAGUCCUAGUGCUACCCGAAGCGUCCUUCGAGUAUGCUGAGUUUAUAAAGUAAGAAAUAAACUCUACAUAGACAAGCUAGCUAUUGGGAGCAGAAUACUUUACUGGCUUGUUCUUUUGAGAUGCAGCACAGACUACAGAGAGAUGAUUAUGUGCUUAGAAAAGCACACUUUUUUUUAUUGAUUAUGCACUCAAUAUGUAAACACAUAGAUCAAAUUCCGUGAAAUGUGGCAUAUUUCUUUAAAAAUCCGUGAAAUCUGUGAUUGAAAAAUGAGGUCCAUGAAAUUAAGCCCAUUACCUUGUGAAUUUAGUAGGGCCCUAAUCAUGACCCAAUGAUGAUGAGCUACAGGUUGUAAGAAAGCAGUGGAUGGCUUUACCCUCCUGGAUUGAAUGCAAAUUUGUGAAUGGGGGACUCAGCUGUUGUAAAGAUUUUUAAUUAAAAUAAAAAGAUUCAAUAAAUUAGCUUGAACUUGAA